UGCGGCUCCUUCUACCGCGAGCCCAUCAUCCUGCCCUGCUCGCACAACCUGUGCCAGGCCUGCGCCCGCAACAUCCUGGUGCAGACCCCCGAGGCCGAGUCCCCGCAGAGCCGCCGCGCCUCGGGCUCCGGGGUCUCCGACUACGACUACCUGGACCUGGACAAAAUGAGCCUGUACAGCGAGGCGGACAGCGGCUACGGCUCCUACGGCGGCUUCGCCAGCGCGCCCACCACGCCGUGCCAGAAGUCGCCCAACGGCGUGCGGGUCUUCCCGCCGGCCGUGCCCCCGCCGCCCCACCUGCCGCCGGCCGCCACGCUGGCCCCCGUGCCCCGCAACGCCUGCAUCACCUGCCCGCAGUGCCACCGCAGCCUCAUCCUGGACGAGCGGGGGCUGCGCGGCUUCCCCAAGAACCGGGUGCUGGAGGGCGUCAUCGACCGCUACCAGCAGAGCAAGGCGGCCGCGCUGCGCUGCCAGCUGUGCGAGAAGGCGCCCAAGGAGGCCACGGUGAUGUGCGAGCAGUGCGACGUCUUCUACUGCGAUCCCUGCAGGCUGAGGUGCCACCCGCCCCGGGGCCCCCUCGCUAAACACCGCCUGGUGCCGCCAGCCCAGGGCCGGGUGAGUAGGAGGCUGAGCCCCCGCAAGAUCUCCACCUGCACGGAUCACGAGCUGGAGAACCACAGCAUGUACUGCGUGCAGUGCAAGAUGCCCGUGUGCUACCAGUGCCUGGAGGAGGGCAAGCACUCCAGCCACGAGGUCAAGGCCCUGGGCGCCAUGUGGAAGCUGCACAAGAGCCAGCUUUCCCAGGCGCUGAAUGGGUUGUCCGACAGAGCCAAGGAAGCGAAAGAGUUCCUGGUGCAGCUGCGAAACAUGGUUCAGCAAAUCCAGGAGAACAGCGUGGAGUUCGAGGCUUGCCUGGUGGCUCAGUGCGACGCCCUCAUUGACGCUCUUAACAGGAGGAAAGCCCAGCUGCUGUCCCGCGUCAACAAGGAGCAUGAGCACAAGCUGAAGGUGGUCCGGGACCAGAUCUCCCACUGCACGGUCAAGCUGCGCCAGACCACGGGCCUGAUGGAGUACUGCCUGGAGGUCAUCAAGGAGAACGACCCCAGCGGGUUCCUACAGAUUUCCGAUGCGCUCAUCAGAAGAGUGCACCUAACCGAGGACCAGUGGGGGAAGGGGACGCUGACACCACGGAUGACCACGGACUUUGACCUGAACCUGGACAGCGCGCCACUGCUGCAGUCCAUCCACCAGCUCGACUUCGUGCAGAUGAAAGCUUCCUCUCCAGUGCCGGCGCCCCCGAUCCUGCAGCUGGAAGAGUGUUGCACGCACAACAACAGCGCCACCCUGUCCUGGAAGCAGCCGCCCUUGUCAAUGGUGCAGGUGGAAGGAUACAUCCUGGAGCUGGAUGACGGGAACGGCGGGCAGUUCAGGGAGGUGUAUGUUGGGAAGGAGACGAUGUGCACCGUGGACGGCCUGCACUUCAACAGCACCUACAGCGCCCGUGUCAAAGCCUUUAACAAAACAGGAGUGAGCCAAUACAGCAAGACCUUGGUCCUGCAGACAUCCGAAGACACAGAGUCAGAAGAACAGACCCUCCCUUUUCCAGUGCCUUUGGAAAGAUCUUUGGAAAGGUCGCAGCUCCGUAGAAUGAGUCCUUUCUCCUCCACUCUUAAUCUACAACCCAGCUUCUCGGGGAGAUCCUACUUUGAGCUAAGAUCUUCGUCCCACCAGCUGAGCUUGCAUUCUUCUUUACAGUCUCUGAAUUCAGCCGGAUGCAAUUUUGAGACACAAUCAGCGCCUUACUCUCAAUUAGUUGACAUUAAAAAACUGGUGGCAGUAGCUUGGUUCUCCUUCGACCCUUCCUCCGCACACACGGACAUCAUCUUUUCCAACGACAACCUGACCAUCACCUGUAACAGCUACGAUGACAGGGUCGUGCUGGGGAAAACGGGCUUCUCCAAAGGGCUCCAUUACUGGGAGCUGUCGAUCGAUCGUUACGAUAACCACCCGGACCCGGCCUUCGGCGUAGCCCGCGUCGACGUCCUCAAGGAUGUCAUGCUGGGAAAGGAUGACAAGGCCUGGGCGAUGUAUGUGGACAACAACCGGAGCUGGUUUAUGCACAACAAUUCGCACACCAACAGAACUGAGGGGGGAAUAACCAAAGGUGCUACAGUGGGAGUGCUUCUUGACCUAACUAGGAGGACCUUGACAUUUUCCAUCAAUGAGGACCAGCAAGGGCCUGUGGCAUUUGAGAACUUGGAAGGCCUCUUCUUUCCUGCUGUGAGCCUGAACAGGAACGUGCAGGUGACACUUCACACUGGCUUGCCGGUCCCCGAAUUCUACACUUCCAGGUCAUCCAUGCAGUAACAAAACGAAUGAAGCCAGCUGCCUUUUCUCAGCAUGGGUGAAGAGAGCUGAUUUACUUCUCUGGGAAGACACCUCAUAGGAGCAGGAGAAUCUUUGGUCAGCUGGUAAUCGGAGACCAGGGGGAACCAAAGGGGCAGGAGAGAGGAGAGAAGAGAAGAAACUGGCUUUCUGCAGUCUUUUGUACACCACAACCAUGCAGCAAACCCUCUCCGCAUCUCCAGCACCGUACUGUGCGUGUUUGCUUUGCUGUUUAGCUUUUGGAGCUGAUAAAGUAUCUAGGUAGCCUGAGCUAUUACUCUGUGCCGGCUUUUAGGUUUGAGUUUAUUUAUUUUAUUAUAUUUAUUUUGUUUUACGCCAGCUUUUAAUUUCCUCGUAACAUUGUGGCCGCUAUCAGCCAGCCUCGCCGCUGCCAUUGCAAGUGAAACCACGACGAUAACUUUCGGCGGAGUUACACAUCAGGCAAAAGAUGCUGUAUAAAAAACAAAAAUACCUGGGGAGGGACUGUUGGGGAGGGGCGGGAGGGCUAAAAUGGAAAGCUGUUGCUGAAACCCAGCAAAUUACCUCCAACCAUGUUUCUUUCCCUGUGGCCUUUCUUAAGGAGUGCCCUCAAUCAUCUUUGUAGACAUUGGUCUUGGAUUACCAGUUAGUCUAUACAGAGCCAGGUGGAACGAACACACCGAGUAUGGGGAGCCAGUCCGAGCAAUUCAAGUAGGACCAAAUUCGUCCCUUACACACAUGCUCCUGGCUCAUAUUGACAUCAAAGGGAGCCACCUGCAUGUGGCCACGAGUAGGAUUUAGCCCCAAAAUACUGCUCUGAAAAUGCUGAGGAAUUUGUCAGAGCUUUGUCAGACCACUGUAAUUAAGAUGGACAAGGAGCCUGAGUAGAUAAUUGCAUUUGUGAUGUGGUGAUCACUUGGUUUAAGCAGAAUAAUUGGCUGGUAACUGAAUGACUCUGGCUCUAUAAUUUGUCAUCUCCAAAGACUUUUCUGUUUCGCUCAGUAGGUGGACAGGGGAGUCAGCCACGCUCCUGUCUUCAUGCACUCCAAGAUAGCACAGACUUGCAAGAAGACUUGAAACUAGCACUUGCACCCAAUCAGUGACUUUAACUGCUCUCUCCAUAAUGGUGCCAGCUGACAUGGUGCAGCCAUUUGUCAUAGGGCCUGUAUUCGGCCCUUUUGAUAUUAGCAUUUAUUUUUUUAUAGCGAUAGUGAAAAUUCUAGCCUUAAAAAAAAAACCCCACCUGAUAGUGUCCUUUCUUUCAUAGAGAGAAUUCAUUAUGUUAUAAGGUUAUCACGACUUGGAGAUCAGGGAGAACAAGUAGAAAAAAAGGAAAGAUGAGAUUUGGAAACACAGUCCAUGGCAUUCACAUUCUCAGGAAUACAUGCUUGUUGCCAUGCCUGCCUGUGCCUACUAUCCAGAAGAGUACAUUCUGCUUCAAACUUUUAACUUUCUGGUAAUUCAGACAAAUGCCACAUACAAAAAUGACGGGUUCUUAUCACUGUGUUUAAUGCCAGAACGUUAAUUUUUACUGUUUCUGUAAGAAAGAGACUGCAUGCCGCAUGUUAUUGCGCUUUCCUUUCUGUCAUUUAAUGCCACUCUAGAUUAGCUUAAGGGGCUGGAGAAAGUUUCAGUUGUUGUUGCCCAACCAUUUGCCAAUGUGCCAAGCAGUUAAGUUCAUUGAAAAGCUGUAGUUAAUUGAACCAGGGUUAGGGUGGUGGGGGGUGGGAAAGCUAAUGGCAUAAUGUCCCAGCAGAAAGACAUUUCUGUAAAUAGAUAAGAAUUUACUUUAGUGCUCACUCUAUUUAGAAUGUUCUUAUUGGUUAUAUUGCUGUUCUAGUAUUAAGUUUACCUAAUUUAUUGAAUGGGUGCUAUCUUGGUCAUUUAAACCUAUUAGUUUAUCUCAGCUACAGAAGAGCUGUGUUGCAGGACAGCACUGAUCUUUAAUUUCUUAUGAGACUCGGUGGCUGGGCCACUCUGGACUCAUUUUUCAUAGUCAUUAUUCCCAGUUCUCUAUGAUGUUCAUGAUGCUUAUUAGAUUUCUAGUGAAUUGUAAUAUGUAGUUUUCACUGUACUGCGAUUAUAGCUGCAUACAGCUGCUGUACGAAAGAAAAGUGUCAUGGUUGCCGUUCUAAUAAAUGGCUUUUAUGAGAGAACACUGCGCAU